AUCAUCGAUCGGCCGCCUCGCCUGUGCGAUUCUUCAGUUCCGCCUGCUUAGCUUCAUUCACUUCACGAGAAAAAUAAUUUACUACGCUUUUACACGCCAGGCUCGCAAUAAACAAACGAAGAACUCACAAACCUUUUAUUUCAAACCCGCCACGGUCCACGGGCGUGUUGCCAGACCCGAUGGCUCAGUUUGAGCUGGACCCGCUGUUUCUGAAGGCCCUGCGCCUGCUGCACUCCAAGGCGAGGGACUCGUCGGAGCAGCUGCGACAGCUGCUGGAAGACACGCUGAACCAGAGGCAGCAGACAGGCUCUGCCACGGGCAGGGACACCCGCAGCCUCCUCACCACCAUCAAGCUGGAGAGCGAUCUGAAGAAGAGUCCGUCGCUGAGCCGGCGGCCGUCCCCCAAGCAGGAGAUGGUGGUCGGCGAGACUCCGCCCACUCUUGUCGUGCCCCGCCCCCUUCCGGAGGAGGGCCGCAUCAAGAAGGAGCCACCUCCGCUGGAGCGCAGGCCGCCUCCCGUGGCACCCCCACCGCCCACCGUCAAGGCCAGCGACUCGCCUUUGCGCGAGGCUUCGGGCAUGCCGGACGCCAAGCGGGCACGCACGGAGUCGCCGCAGCAGCCGCAGCUCUCCCGGUCGUCGUCUCCGCUCAGUCGCGCCACGACUUGUUCCUCGCCAACCACAAGCAGCGACGGCGAGGACCUGGCAGUCGACAUGGGACAGGUGUGCGUCAUGUGCAAUCAACUGGAUGUAACUGCCAAGAACCAGCUGAUUGAGUGCCAAGAAUGCCACUGCCUCUACCACCAGGAAUGCCAUCGGCCGCCGGCGACCGACUACGACGUCAACGACCCUCGGCUCGUCUGGUAUUGCGCCCACUGCACCAAAAACAUGAAGAAAAUGGCCAUCAAGCCUCCCAAGCCGGCCUCCAAGGUGGCAUUUGGGGUACCGCGAGAGCUCACCCCUCCCAUCAAGGCCGACACCCCGCCCCCGCUCACCUCGCAGCCCUUCAAGCGCUCCGAGCUGAAGGUGCCAGCCCUGUCGUCUGCGGGCGGCCCCAACAAGCCCAUCGGCCUGGCCGGGCUCGCAGCCAACUUGAGCAAGCCCAAGCCCCUUAAGCCUCCCCUGGCUGGCCUCUCGAGCCUCGCCGGCGCUGCGGUCAAGGCCGGCCCCGCCGCACCGACCCCAAUCGCACCGCUGCGCCCCGGCAACGGCAACAACGGGGGUGGCUCUGCCGCACCGGCCACGACACCAAGCGUCCCGUCGCCAGGAGGCGGCAACGGAAAGCCGGCGUCUUCGUCUUCGCUCAUGUCGGCCGAAAAGCGGCUGCAGAUGCUCAAGAAGAAGGCUGCGGCCGCCAAGAUGCAGGACAAGAGGAGGGUCACCAACAAGUAGGACGACCGCGGACAUUCACUCAUGUGCACGUCCUCGCAAACGGUCGUUGCUCGAUGCCGACAGUCACGCAGUGGUGGAUGCAGUCGUCUCACAACAGCGUCCAGUUCUGCUGAAGUGCGAGAAAACCGGUGCUGUCAGCACCACCAGCAGUUGUCAGCGUCACGUUACCUUGACCGCAACAUCAGUCGGUGCCGUCCUGUGCAGCUGUUGCUAUCGCCGUUGCGCGUAACGCCAACCGCUACUGUCGUCAGAUGAUAGACCAUUUCAUUCCCACACUGGAUCAUUCUGGUGUAUGCGGGUAAACACCCAUUGUAGGGUUUAGCAAAACUGUGCGAGCACCGCCGUGUAGGUAACCGUACUGGCGGUCCAGUUAGCAUUUCUCGCAAAUGUCGCAUUCUAUCGGGCUGGCCCCUUUUACGACGAAGCGGUACGUGGUUCACCCCCAAAUGGUGUAUGGAUAGUUUACUCGGAUUUGUCGACGCAUUAAAAAGGAAAACAAUUUGUAAAUGAG